CCUUUGAUUUUGGUCAAUCCAAACCAUAAUUGUUCAUCUCUCUCCAAUCAAUCCAAACCCUAAUUGUUCGCCUGUAUGUUUUAAAACGCUUAUAAAUCCUCCUCCUCAUCAUAGGUGACUACGAAGGGUUUCUUUCACUUUUGAGUUGGUUGUGAAGAAGAAAUAAAUUCAGUCAUUCUGUUGGAUCCACUUGAUGAAUCAAUCGCACCAAUCAUCAACUUCAAACGUUUUCAUCUCAUCAAUCUCACACAAUUGAUCCAACAAUAGGGCUCCAAUUUCACGAGAUCAAGUUUCUGGAUCGAUCUCGUCACAAUUAUGCUUUCGAAUCAACUUCAGAACGGCGUCGAGACCGCCAAACUGAUCUGGUCUCGGCUGGCCAACGCCGAAGAUGGCAGUGACGCUGAGGGUGAUGAGGAUGGGGUUUUGAGAAGCGAGGGUUUUGAUGCUGUUGAGAGUCUUGAUUAUGAAGUUAUCGAGAAUUACGCCUAUCGCCAAGAACAGGCGCGAAGAGGAAAGCUAUAUGUUUGGUACAACGUGGGGGUGAAGUAGUUCUUUGCUUUGCUAAUUGGCAUAGGUGUUGUCAUCAAGAAGCCGACCACCACG